AUGCUCCUUCUAUGGGUAUUUUUCUCUCAAUUCGUCUCUUCCGCCUAUCAACCAAGCCAGGAAUACAUCGAUUUCUAUGCGUCAAACGACUACAAAUCGUUCAGCAACAAAACGACAAAAUUGUAUGAUGAACUGUUGACGAAAAGAGCCUAUAAUAAAUUGCUUUCACCUGUUUAUAUGAGAAGCGGAAAUUCGACAGCCUCUUUUCUAGCUUUUCCACCACUCGAAGUCUUUUUCGAGCUCGAAUAUCUGAAAGUCUUUGCCCUUGAUGCUCAAACACAAUUGGUCAGUUUGUGUGUUCAGCUGAGAAUGUCAUGGCUCGAUCCGAGACUCUCUUGGGAUUCACAUCAAUUUGGCGAUAUGCAGAGCCUUUAUGUGAAUGCCGACGUGGCCUGGGUGCCCGAUAGCCAAUUCGCAAAUGUAAAAACCCUAGACGAUAUGAUUGGCGCCGAGAAAACGUUGCACAUCGCGAGCAAUGGCAUCGUCCAUAUGGUAAACGUCUACUAUGUGGAAAUCUCCUGUGAAGUGGAGAUCAACACUUUCCCAUUCGACAAUCAGACAUGUCAACUCUUGUUGAUGUCAUUCUCAUAUGAUGGCUCAAUCCUCAGCACAAACGGUACAAUCAAUCAGGAUACGGUCGCCGGGCAACAAGAUGAUUUGGGCAAUGGAGAAUGGAAAGACGAUGGAUUGGACUCGAGUUCAUUUCUCUUCGAGAAGCGACAAAUGCUGCAAAUCAAUCUCCGUCUGAAGAGAGUCCCCAACUACUAUAUCAACGUGAUCGCCUUACCUUGCUUUGUCAUCACUUUUCUUUCGAUCAUCGGAAUGUUUUGGCGACAGAACAACAAAUCUGAACAAUUGGCAAAACUUGGAAUCGGUCUGACAAGUUUGGUCUCGAUGACUGUCUUGUUGGAUUUGCUCUCGAGUUCGAUUCCGAAGACUGCCGUUUUUCCUUUGCUUGGAAUUUACGUGGUCGGCUGUGUCGGUAUCAUCGCCGUUGCUUGUGUCCUCAUCAUGGUUUCCUCGACAAAAGACCCAAAAAAAGAAAAAGAGACUGAUAAGGAGAAACGAAUUGAGAUCGAGAAAUUGCUAACAAACAGCGAACGGCGAUGGAAAUCGAUCAAAGAUGCCCUCUUCCAUCCAAAUGUUUGCCUCCAAAUCGUUCUCCAUAUGGCCAAUUUGACCG